AAUUUAUGUAUUAAUUACAUUUACAUCAAACACAUCGAUUUGUGCUGGUGUAUAAUUUCAAAUUAUUAAAUCAACUGAGAAUGGCAGGCAAAUAUACGGAUAGAAAGGCUAAAACAAAGGAAUCAAAAACGACGACACCAGAUAUCGCCGAAAAUCCCGCGGCAUUCACACUCCCUGAAUCACUACCAUGCUCUGAAGUAGAUUUUCCCAUACUAUUGACAAGAAAAUAUAGAGCUAAUUGGCAAGAGAUAUUGAAGGAGAGUGAAGCUGAAGCAAAAGAGAUCGAAGAAUACAAUAAUAGGAAACAAGAACCAGUACCCAAACCACCUUUCCAAAAAACAGAAUCGGACUACAUUAAAAGUGAAGUAUUCACCUUGCUGAUUCCUGCUUUAGAAGAAACAUUGAACAAAGCUAAAAUAUGGGACGCCCUUCGGAUACAGAAAUGUUUCUUCAAUGGCAUUGAUCAUAUUGUCCAAUGUAUUUGGACUAAUAAUCCACGUCAUCCUGAAAGAAAAUCAAGCAAUUUACAUUUAUUCAACAUGCCAUGGGUCAGAGGAACACUUAUGAAGCACCCUCGGCCUUACUAUCCGAAGUCUUGGCUGUGGCCUGAAGAGUACGCCGCUACGUUGAUUCAAAAGACAUUGCGGCAGUACUUCGUUCAGAGAGAAGAGGAUGUGCAAGAGAUGCGCGAGUUUUGGCGGAAAUUGGAAGUGGAGCCAGCCAUACCCGAAAUGGAUGUUAAUCCAUAUUUGUCAAAAAAAUUUGCUUCUCUACACUUCUGUGUAUCGAAUUCGAAAUAGUUGUGUGAGUGAACCUGUACAUAUACAUAUAAUAUACACUGACGGAUGUUCAGGAUUAGUAAGAACUUUCGAAUCAAUGUUUUUGAUAACCAUGCAGACUAUUUAGAUUAAACUAAAUGAAAAUGUCGAAACUCUCCAUUAAUAAUAAAACAAAUUAAAACUGAAAGUACAGUUAAAGAUAAAAUAGGCGGGAAAUUUAAAUUUAUGUACAGUGUCAAGUUCGUGUGUUAUUAAAGUUUGA